AUGCACGUUUCGGCGGGUCCAGACUCUGCAACCGGCUUCAGUCACUACAAUCAAGCAAAAUUCCUGGCACAUGAUGAUUCCCUGUUCACUGAACAUUAUAUGAGCAUGAGAUUAGAAACUAGCAAUCAAACUCUAUACAUAGUUCCGAAUCCACAGUCGGAUACAUUCUGCCGAGUGCGCACUAUGUGCUGGACUAAAGAAACGGAUGAUUUGACUCGUGAAAUGUAUAAUAAGUUUUUUGAGGAGAUUGACGAGAUAAAUCUAGACCCUGUACAUGUUGAAAUCGAUAAUGUCACUCUACAGGUGCGUGCAAAGGCUAUCUACUCGAUGAUCGACGGAAAAGCAGCAAAUGCAAUAGUGGGUAACCGGAAUACCCAUGGUUGCCCUUUGUGUCCACCUUAUUAUGGCAUCAACAAAAUGAUUGGUCCAUCAUUCUUCCACAGCAGGUUAAACGCGGUAGAGUGGCUAAUGCGAAAUGCGGCGAAGAAGGCUGUUCCUGGUAAUCCUGCCCAAACUCAUCCUGAAGUGAGGAAAGAAGCGCGCUCUCAGGCAGAUGAAUUAGAGCAGUACUUUAAUAUGAACAUAAACCGCCCGAAAAUUGGAGGAUGUGGUAGUUCUAAUAAUGGUAACAUGGCGCGAAAAUUGCUUGAAAACUCGGAGCAAUUUGCAUCAACUCUCAAUAUAAAUGCUGGAUUGGUAAAAAAUUUAAAAAUCAUUAGUAGCCUUGCACUUUCAUCCCGUAAGCUCAAAUCAGGAAAAGUGAAGGAGCUUUGGGCAAUUUUGAGCAAGCAGAUUUUUGAUGAAUUUCCAUUCAUUAAAAAGCUACCCCCAUGCAUACAUAAAUAUAGUCAUCUGGCGGAGUUUGUGGACAAAUUGCCAUAUACAAUGAAUUUUGUUGAUGAACAAUCUGGUGAACGAUGCCACAAACGCCACAAAUUUUCUAGACCGCACCUUUCAAGAAAAACUUCAGCUGAAGAUAAUUUGAUGGACAUGAUGAGGGAGGCAUUAACUUGGUCCGAUCCGAAGAUGUCAUAUCUUGCGUAUCAGUCAUAUCGUGCAAAAAUUGAAAAAAAAUGUGAUAUCGAAAUGAUAGAAUAUUUUGAUCAAGAAAAAGAAGAAAUUAAAUUAACAAACAAUUACGGUUAUACUGAGAGUGACAAAAAUUCCGGAAGCGACGAAAACGAUAGUAGUGAUAGUGAAAGUGAAGACAAUUUAAGCGACGACGAAGAUAGCGACAGUAUUUGAAAUGGAUGAGUUUAUACAUAUGAGAUACAGAAUAAAUGUUCCAAAUACAGAUUGUUCUUUACUAUUAUUUAUCAUUGUGUAAACGUCAUAGCAGCAAUAACCUAAUUGUAACUAUUAGUAGUAUCAACAGAUACGUACACUAUGGUCGCUUUUCAUGCUGUUUCUUUACGUGAAUCGUUUUCUACGCGACUAUUUUACGCGGAUUUAAGGAUUCACACGGCUUUCUAAAUUUAUGCGGUUUUUCUGUAGCGAAAAACCGUUUUUAAGGCGGUUUUUAAAAAAGGU